CUUUAUUCCCUCUAUUUUUUUUCCUCUUUUUUUCAUUCGUCCUUAUCUCUUUCUCUUCAUCGAUCUUCUGCCUCAGCUCACAACCUACUGUUCAUUGACUUCACUCUGAAAUUUUUUUCUUUUCCUUAUCGUCUUCCCCUACUUCUUCACUCGUUUGUUCUUUAGAGUUUCUAGAGUGGAAACCGCAAGCUAGGAAAAUGGAUUUUGCAAACCGCGCUCAUUAUUCGACAAGUACGUCGAGUACUUCGCAAAGUCCUACAAGAAGAACAACCCUAAACUACGAUCCCCCGUUCUACUGUCGAUGCGGCCUUAAAGCUCCUGUUUUUGUUUCACGCGACAGCGGUAGGAAAUUCCUAGGAUGCCAAAAUUGGCCGGAUGGUGGGUGUAAGUAUUUUGUAUGGCAUGAUGAAAUGAAUUUGAUUAUUCAAGAGCCGAAGGUUAUUGAUAGAGAAGAGGCACAAUUGUGGUUCCCAGAUGUGAAUGUUCAGUUGCAGCGGAUGAAGGACAUAAUUUCUGAUUUUAGAGAAGAACUCCAUGCUUCCCAUAGUGAAAUAGCUAGGCUUAGGACCCAACUGGAAAAUCUUGUUAAAGGAGAACAUUUGAAGUGGUCUGUUAUAGGGUUGUUCAUGGUGAUUCUUGUAAUGGGCAUAUGUACAAUUACAGGCUUUAAUGUGUACUAAGUUAUGAGCAUUGGUUUGGAGCUUGUACUUUAAGUUGUUUUUCUGGACAUAUGACCCUUCUACUGAUUUGUUAGUAAUGUUAAAUGUAUUCUGGAAAGGUGUGAAAUGCUAUGGUAUUUUUUAAUAUUUAAUGAUAUAGUUAUUUCUUUUGACAGCG